CGCACGCUCCUUCCCAGAAGCAAAAGCGGAAACAAAAGAGUCUCGCCGGCGUCCCCGCCCGCACACUCGCGCUCGGGCGCACUCGGAGCAGCCACCGGCUCCCGGAGCGAGCCAGCCAGCGGCGAGCCGGGGACGCACCGGGCAGAUCCAGCCGAGCAGCCCGUGAGCCGAGCCCGCGACCACCCACGCCCCCGAGCCCCACAGCCGUCCCCCGCCAGCCGGUGUCCCCUCUGCCCUCCCUGACCCAUGGCGCUGAAGCGGAUUCAGAAAGAAUUAAGUGAUCUACAGCGUGAUCCACCGGCUCACUGUUCCGCUGGCCCUGUGGGAGAUGACUUGUUCCACUGGCAAGCAACUAUUAUGGGGCCUCCCGAUAGUGCAUAUCAAGGUGGAGUCUUCUUCCUCACCGUACAUUUUCCAACAGAUUAUCCUUUUAAACCACCAAAGAUUGCUUUCACAACAAAAAUUUACCAUCCAAAUAUAAACAGUAAUGGAAGUAUUUGUCUCGAUAUCCUGAGGUCGCAGUGGUCACCAGCCCUGACUGUAUCAAAAGUUUUAUUGUCCAUAUGUUCUCUACUUUGUGAUCCUAAUCCAGAUGACCCUUUAGUACCAGAUAUUGCACAAAUAUAUAAAUCAGACAAAGAAAAAUACAACAGACAUGCAAGAGAAUGGACUCAGAAAUAUGCAAUGUAAAAUGAAAAAAUUUUUUUUCAUAUAUACCAGAGUACUGUAAAAUCUAGGUUUUUUUCAUCAUUAGCAGUAAAUUGAGCACUGUUUACUGUUUCAUUGUACCAUGAAACUCUUUGAUUUUUACCCAUCUUAAGUGUGUUUUCUGAAGCAAGACAAAACAAACUUCCAAAAAUACCCUUAAGACUGUGAUGAGAGCAUUUAUCAUUUUGUAUGCAUUGAAAAAGACAUUUAUUAUGGUAUUUAAGAUACUUGGACAUCUGCAUCUUCAGCUUACAAGAUCUACAAUGCAGCUGAAAAGCAACCAAAUUAUUUUUUGCUGAAACUAGAUGUUUUUACAUGAGGAAUACUGUAUGUGCUAAGAUUUCGUCACUUUUAUAAAUCUGUAUUCAGAUUUCAUUCUUUGUUAGCUCACUUUAUAAUUUGUAUUUUUUUACUGUAUAGACUAAAUAUAUUCUAUUUACAUGUGUGUCAACUCAUUACUUUUUUCCUGUGAACAGUAUUGAAAAAACCCAACAGCUGAUAAUUAAAUGAAUUAACUGUGUCUCCCUUGUCUUAGGAUAUUCUGUAGAUUGAUCGCAAAUUUCUUAAACCUGAAAUGAUCUUUACACUGUAAUUUUGAGUAUACUGAUUAUGGAGAAACACUUGUUUUGAUUUUGUAUACUUGACUUAACUUUAUUGCAAUGUGAAUUAAUUGCACUGCUAAGUAGGAAGAUAUAUAACUUUUAUUUGUUGCUAUUCACAUUUGAAUUUUUUUCUGUAUAGGCAAUAUUAUAUUGACACCUUUUACAGAUCUUACUGUAGCUUUUUCCAUAUAAAUAAAAUGCUUUUUCUACUAUUUGUCUUGAUUACUUAAAAAAGUGAAAAUUACUUUAUAAGUAAGGAUUAAAGCUCUGUGUAAAAUUUUGCAUGAAAAUUACUUCCAAAUUGUGACUAUGAAGUCUGUUGUGUUUGGCAUUAAUCACCAUUAAUUAUAAACUUUAUUGCUUUAGGUUAGUAUCUCUUUAUUAAAUUGUGUAUCUAUAAGAUAGUAUACUUUCGUCUCUUGUAGAGGAGAAUUUAGAAGAUGGAGUUUGUCUUAAAUCAGAUCUAAAAUGGAUUAUUGCAAAGGCCUUUAAGUGAGUAUAAGGCAGUGUCACCCACCAUGAAGAAAAUUGUGUUUGUAGACCCGAGGAAUCACUAGAUUAAUUCAAAAAAAUGCUCUUCUAGAUGUAAUAGGCAGUGUAAUUCUUAACAUUUUAAAAUCUGAAAUUUCUAAAGCAGAAUUUUAAUGCCAUCACAAUGUGAAAAACAUUUUUUAUUAUAGAAGUUACAAAGAAAAUCCUAAAUAGAUGCUUCCUUCUGUUUUUAUAAAUUGCCAGUUAAAAAUGCUUUAAAUUAGCAGAUUGUAGAUUUUAAGAAAAUCUAGAAAGCUCCAAUGUUUUAACUUGAGAAAAAUACAUCUCUUUAGUGUUUAGCAUGCUUAUCAAACUUGAGUGAGUGUCAUUUUUAAGAACAGUUGUAGCUCUUGAUUAUUGUAGUAGCUGUGUAAGUGUGCAGGAAUCUGUGAUGGGUGUAGUUGUUAACAAAGGAUUUAAAUCACUUGAGUAUUUGAUCAUGGUUCACUAUUUUAUUAAAGCACAAAAUAACCUUGUUGUUAGAAAUUAUGUGUUUUUAAAAAUGAAUGUAAAAUAAUUAAAUGAAUUGUGAAAUGGAUGUUUAAGAACAUAUAGUCUUAAAAAGCAACUUUAUUAAGUGAUGUCUUGAAAUAGCCAUAAUGUGAAAAAUACUACUUCACUGGCUAUAUAUAUAAGCUACAUUUGCCCUGAAUUUGAACACUCAACAUCUUUAGAUUUAAGUAUUUAGUAUAUUUUGAUAGUAAAGGGUUUUGUUUCUUGAGUAUCUUUCACUCUUUUUUUUAAACUUUUCAUUUGUGUGGCAUUUAUUUUUGAAAGUGUCUUUUUUUCUUUAUUAAAGUUUUUGAAACUUG